AAUCUGCGUAAAUGUUUUGGCAGAUAUAAGUAUAAUGAACUUUAUAGAGAUGGUUGAAAUUUCAAACAUACAAAUCAAGAAAGCUUCUGAAUAUAAAGAUGAUCAUAUAGAAAAUGGAUUGGAGCAUGUACUUACAGUCAUGAUAGAUAAAGAUCACUAUGCAAUGAUAUAUUUAAAUCAAAUGUUCACUGUACCGGAACAUGCAGAAACUCACAAUUUUGACGUCCUACAACAUUCCAUAAUGACAGAAGAAGAUAGAUUGCAAUGGGAAAUUUUUGAGAUAAUAGGUAUUCCGGCGGCUGAUGAUGAAAACCAAAAUUGUACACCGCAAGAUUAUGAAAACAAUAAUAUUUACAAAGAUAUUCGUAUUCCGGCGGCUGAUGAUGAUAACCUAGGUACUCCUAUGCCUGCUGAUACAACCAAAAGUAAUGGAAUUUCGAAAAGGACAACAUUUAAUAAGGCAUUUAUAUGUCUUAAAAAAAAACUUGGAAAAUUUUGUACUCCUGCGCAUGCUGAUGAAAACAAUAGCAUUUACAAAGAUGGAAAUUAUGUUACAGGUAUUACUGUGCAUGAUGAUGAAUACAAUAGAAUUUACAAAGCUACUAGUACUGAAACUUUAAAAUUGACAGAACUUGGAAAGGCGAGAAGAGGUCUUACUGAAGAUGCUAUUAUAAAUGUGCUUACCAAAAAAUUAGCUAAAAUCAACAAGGAGAAACUAGACAAGGAGAAAUCUGCUAAUAGGAUUUGUACUUUGAUAGCAAUGUGGGUUAGUCUUAAAAUUUCUUCAAACACGUAUUAUUAUUUAGAACACAAUGAUGAUGUAUGUGUAGUAGUACUAAAAGAGGGUAAAGACGAACUUGUUGUAAAAUACAGAUCGUUUAAAGGCGAAUAUUGGCAAUUGUUGUCAGAAAAACGUGAGCUGGAAGGGGGUUAA